AUGGCCAAACCCAAGUUGAUCUUGCAGUUGGAGCGUGGCUUUGGGUCAUGGAGCCAAGCGGAAGCUGCGGUGCAGAACUCCCCAGAAUAUCAGGCAGCUCAUUCUAGGAAAAAACGCUGGAGUGCUAAAGAAUCUAACAAAUUCUUUUGUUUCAAGGCAAAACUGAAGCCUCAACAGAGAGUCCCCAAAGGGACAAAGCCCUGUCGUGGCAGAGUGCCUGCAAAAACACUUUGUGGCAAGUUACAGAAAACUGAGAGUCAGACAGUGCACAGAGAUGGGAAACGCUAUGACUGUAAGGACUGCAGGAAAUCUUUCUGCAAUAAUUCAACCCUCAUUAAGCAUUACAGAAGAACUCACAACGUAGACAAGCCCUAUGAGUGCAGUGAGUGUAGUAAGAUGUACUACUGGAAGUCGGACCUCACCUCACAUCAGAAAACCCAUAGACAAGAGAGGACCUAUAAGUGUAAAGUAUGUGGGAAAUGUUUCUUCCGGAAGUCUCAUCUCAAUGUACAUGAAAAAGCUCACACAGGUGAGAAGCCUCACGAAUGUCCAGAGUGCAAGAAAGCUUUCUAUUACAAGUCAGACCUUAAUCGGCACAGGAAGACCCAUCUGGGCGAAAAGCCUUUCGUAUGUGAAGUGUGCAAGAAACCUUUUUCUCGAAAGUCAAAGCUCUCUAUCCAUCAGAGAACUCAUACAGGGGAGAAGCCUUACCAAUGCACAGAUUGCAGUAAAGCGUUUUCCCACCAGUCACAACUUACCGCGCACCGGAUAACUCAUUCAUCUGAGAAUCAUUAUGAAUGUGAGGAAUGCAAUAAAUCUUUCCACUGGAAGUGCCAGCUCACGGCACAUCAGAAAAGACAUACAGGCAAGAAGGCCCAUGAAGGAAGAACUCAGGAAAGCCUUCUCGCAUAAGUCAGAAGUCCCUGUA